AUGUCCGCAGAGGAAGAGACCAAGCCGACCGAGGAGAAGAAGGAGGAGACUCCCGCCGCGCCCAUCUUCGGCUUCGGCGCAGCGGGCGGCUUCGGCGCCGCGGCCACCUUCGAUCCCAGCGCCUUCGCGUCCGCCCCCAAGGCUGCGGCCGAGGGCGGCGACGACGACGACGACGCCGCCGCAGCCGCAGCCGCCGAGGCCGAGUGCAAGGCCGAGUUCGUUCCCGUCGUCAAGCUCGAGCAGGUCGAGACCGCGAGCGGCGAGGAGAACGAGGACGUCCUCUUCGAGGCCAAGUCCAAGGCGUACCGAUUCACCGAGGGUGAGUGGAAGGAGCGCGGCCUCGGUCCCAUCAAGCUCCUGCAGGACAAGGACAGCAAGAAGAUCCGCGUGCUGAUGAGGCGCGAGAAGACCCUCAAGGUGUGCGCCAACUUCUUCGUCAAGCCCGGCACCAAGGUCGAGGAGCACGCGGGCAGCGAGAAGGCCAGGGUCUUCACCACCAUGGACUGCUCCGACGGGGAUAUCCGGCCGGUGAUGGUCAACAUGUGCGUCAAGUUUGGCUCCGCGGAGAAGGCGCAGACGUUCCAGGACGAGUUCGAGAAGGCCAUGGAGGUGAUGAAGCAAUUCGAGGGUGAGGAAAGCGAGGAAAAGAAGGACGGGGACGCCGCGGCGGACGCGCUCGCCGAUAAGGUGGCGGAGGCCAAGGUUGGUGAGGAGGAGAAGAAGGAGGAGGCGUGAACCCAAAGCUGAGGAACCGAGGGUGUGAAAAGCCGCGAUUGGUAAAGCCGCGUUUGAAUCGCCAAACGAACGCCAAACGGCGAAUACCAAACGGCGAAUACCAAACGCGGCGCAACUCCCUCGUCUUCGUCGGUCGUAGCCCGUGCAGACGUCCGAAAAGACUGCCAAAUAGACCACGAUGCGUUUUCAACACGACGCGCAAGGACGUUGGACCCAAAAC